AUGAUUGCUAAUGUUCCUGAACCACCUUUCGAAGACCACGGCUUUGAGUUCGCUGGCCCCCUCGGCGCCUUCGGUAUCUCGUUUUGUCUGCCGAUUCUUGUAUACAUGUUUGCCUUCGCCUCUCUUUCCUUGGACCGUCUCAAACGCGAGGUUGGCUGGCCACAGACCGGAGUGAUCGGAUUGUUCAGUUGGAAAGCCCUUGCUGUCUCGAUGGGCUAUGUGUUGGUCAAUGCCAUCCUCUACCGUGUACUACCGGCUGCAGAAGUUGAGGGAACUGUCCUGAGGUUUGGUAAGGGGCUCAAGUACAGAUUGAACACCUUCUACUGCCCCACGGUUAUUCUGGCUGUCUUAGCCGCCGAUACGGUCGUUUCGGGCCCAGAAUUCCCCGUGUGGGUCUUCAUCAGUAACAACUAUAUUCAGCUCAUCACCGCCAACAUCCUCAUUUCGUAUGUUGUGGCCACAUUUGUCUACGUCCGAAGCUUCAAGCCAAGCAAAGAUGGAGACCGCGAGCUUGCGAUAGAAGGCCAGUCCGGCAACUUGCUAUAUGAUUGGUUUAUUGGCCGGGAGCUAAAUGCCCGAGUCACUCUGCCUUUUAUUGGCGAAAUCGAUCUCAAGCAAUGGCUGGAGCUAUGUCCUGGCAUGCUUAGCUGGCUUGUUAUGAAUUGUACCUGGUGCGCUCAGCAAUAUCGCAAUUUUGAAUACAUCACGGACAGUAUCAUAUUCAUCACCACUAUUCAGGGUCUAUACAUCUUGGACCUGUGGUGGCACCAGCCAGCCAUACUCACGACUAUCGAUAUCACGACUGAUGUAUUUGGUAUGAUGCUGUCCUUUGCCGACUUUGUUUGGGAACCCUUUGUCUUUUCCUUGCAGACCCGUUACUUGGCUACCCACCCUCUCCGUCUUGGACCUCUUCACCUAUCGCUCAUGCUUGCUAUUCUCGGCGUCGGAUUCUACAUCUUUAGGUCAGCCAACAACGAAAAGAAUCGCUUUCGCACCGACGAGAAUCAUCCCAAAUCAAGCAGCAAGGACUAG